GAACUAGUGCGCCUCCCCCGCCUCCUCUCCCUCCUGUUGCUGCAGGGGGGGAUCCUGGCCGAUCAGCCAUGCUGGAAGGCAUUCAACGUGCUGGCGGAAUCCACUCCCUCAAGAAGGUUGAUCGCUCACAGAUUCGCGACCGAAGUGGUGUUCAAGUUGGCAGUGGCGGCGAUUCUGGCGGUGCUAAUGCCGCACCUGCAGCAGCUGGUGCGCCUGGUGGCGGCGGCGGCAUGGCCGAUGCCUUGGCUGCUGCUCUCCAGAAGAGAAAAGAAAAGGUCUCCAAGAGUGAUGACGAGAGUGACAACGAUGACUGGUGA